GCCAAUUGCCAUCUUUUUUCUUCCUCUGCUGAUUUUCUUCCUAUGGUCAUGGGGGCACGCCGGUGUAAUUUUCCUUCUAUUUCGAAAUGUAGCACCGAGGGGAGGUCGAAUCAGACCGUUGCUGCAGAUUUAGAUGGAACCCUUCUCGUAUCACCAAGUGCUUUCCCUUAUUACAUGCUUAUUGCUCUUGAAGCUGGCAGCCUUAUAAGAGCACUCCUCCUCUUAGCAUCCGUUCCGUUCGUGUAUUUUACGUACUUGUUCGUAUCCGAAUCUGCAGCCAUUAGCACAUUCGUUUUCAUCUCCUGUGCUGGGUUGAAAAUAAGAGACAUCGAGCUCGUUUCGAGGUCGGUGUUGCCCAAGUUUUAUGCCGACGAUGUUCAUCCCAAGACCUGGAGAGUUUUCAGCUCCUUUGGGAGAAGAUACAUUAUUACUGCAACUCCUAGAAUCAUGGUGGAACCAUUUGCGAAGACGUAUUUAGGUGCAGACAAGGUUAUUGGAACUGAGCUGAACGUGACGAAAUCAGGCAGGGCGACCGGUUUCACCAUUAAACCGGGAGUUCUCGUUGGUGAACACAAAAGGGCUGCCAUCUUGAAGGAAUUUGGCACAGAUUUGCCUGAUUUAGGCAUCGGAGACAGAGAAACUGACCAUCGUUUCAUGUCAUUAUGCAAGGAAGGAUACAUGGUGCCAAGAACCAAAUGCGAGCCAUUACCGAGAACCAAGCUUCUAAGCCCUGUUAUAUUUCAUGAAGGACGUUUGGUACAAAGACCAACCCCCUUGGCUGCCCUAUUGACCUUUCUAUGGUUACCUAUUGGCUUCAUCCUCUCUUUACUAAGGGUCUAUCUUAACAUCCCUUUGCCUGAGAGAAUUGCUUGGUACAACUACAAGAUCCUAGGCAUCAAGUUGAUUGUUAAGGGUACCCCUCCACCUGCACCUAAGAAAGGCCAAAGUGGUGUCCUGUUUGUUUGUAACCAUAGAACGGUUUUAGACCCGGUUGUGACGGCGGUCGCCUUAGGCCGAAAAAUCAGUUGUGUUACUUACAGUAUCAGCAAGUUCACCGAGAUUAUUUCCCCCAUUCGAGCCGUCGCUUUAUCGAGGGAACGAGAGAAAGAUGCAGCUAACAUCAAGCGCCUUCUAAAAGAAGGCGACUUGGUUAUAUGCCCCGAAGGGACUACCUGCAGAGAACCAUUUCUGCUGAGAUUCAGUGCAUUGUUUGCUGGACUCACUGACAGAAUCGUGCCGGUCGCUAUCAACGCAAGGCAAUCGGUUUUUCACGGAACAACUGUCCGGGGAUACAAAUUGUUGGAUCCUUACUUAGUGUUCAUGAACCCAAUGCCGACUUACGAGAUCACAUUCUUGAACCAGCUGCCGGCAGAGCUGACUUGCAACGGUGGAAAGCCUGCAAUUGAAGUUGCAAACUACAUACAAAGGGUGCUCGGUGGCACUUUGGGGUUCGAGUGCACCAACUUGACUAGGAAGGACAAGUAUGCUAUGCUUGCCGGAACGGAUGGUCGUGUUCCGUUGAAGAAGGAAAAAGAACAAGAAAAGCAAAAGGCUUAAGGAAAAAAAAAA